CGUCGAUGGCCGAAGAUGGCAAGCGAGAAACGAAGCACGAGGACGCCAACGAUGUGCCGAUGCAGCACAGCAACACAGCUGACCUCAUCCACCUCUUCCCCUCCCUCACACUCCCACAGACCAUGGCUGGGCAACAAGGAGCACCCACCCACAGCGCACAGCAGCAGCAGCAGCGUCAGAGCCAGUCGCCCCAGAUCACGGUCUUGCGCUCACCACAGAGGGAGAAGACGCCAAGAAAAGACAGGUCUGUCUGCAUGGCUCACACACAGAUGGAUUGAUAAUCAAUGUGCCUCCGUGAUGACAAACGGUGUGUGUGUUUAUGUGUGUGUGUCAGUCCUGAUUUCAGCGCCGUGCCCUCUCUCGGCGAGCGGUUUUCUGCGCUACCCGUCGGCCCAUCCAUGGGCUCACUGCCGCAGGCGUCGCUUGGCCUCUCACCGACGGUGUCUGCUUCACAGGUACACAGCACACACAGAUGGAUCCCCAUCCAUCCAUCCAUGUGUCCAUCCAUGUGUCCAUCCAUGUGUCCAUCCAUGUGUCCAUGUGUCAAUGGCCUGCAGCCGCCGCAAACGACCUCCCCGCCCACAUCGCCGCCCCUCUCCUCGCCAGAACACGCAGAGGUAUGUAUGCGGUGUGGCGACACCUCCCCAUGCGUCAGUCAUGUGAUGCCUGGCUCUGUCUGUCCGCCUGUCUGUCUGUUAGGUGCCCCCCAUUGACCUGGCUGCCGCCGUCGCAUUCCUCACCUCCAUCGAGGCGUGCCCGCCACACAUGGAGGGCGACCUCCAUACCCUCGGGGAAGAGUCCCCACUCAUCAAACCCGCCACAGCUGCAGCAAAGGACAGCAACGGCGGCCCCACUGCCCCAGCCACACCCCCGCCAGCCGUCCUCCAACCACCAAAGUCGCCAUCGGCGGACGGAGGUGUGGACGUCAUUCACGACAACAAGGCGUACACCUUCGUGGGGUCGCUGGGACAGAUGGUGCCCAACAAGCGUGUGGAGGCGCUGCUCAUCCGGCAGGGACUGCUGCAGGGCCGCUGCUACUUCACCAGCAGGAAGUCCUCCCUCUACGUUUUCUCGACGCUCCCACACACAGAGGGCGGGGGCGGACAGGGCGGUAUGUUGAAAACCGGCAAAGCGGCUGGCGGGCAAGGUGUGGGUGUCGCUGGCGGCGCCACCGCAGCGUCCGCACCUGCCUUAUUGGCCGGACAGCUCUCGCCCGGCGUGUUUGUCAAUGUGCGGAAUCGUCACACCCGUCGGGCGGUCAAGAAGAAGCCCCAGGGUAUCUCGUACGAGACGCUGUUGGUGCCCACCACCACCAGCGACAUCGACGGGGAGGGCGAGGGUGUGGGUGUGGGUGUGGGAGGGUACGAUCCCUUCUACCUCGACAACCCCCGACUGAAGCAGGGGAAGCACCAGACGCUCCUGAAGCUGCCGUCCUACCAGAUAUCGCUGCUGCCCUUCGUGCGCCCGAAAAGACUCAAGGAACAGCUUAAUGAACAGUUUCAGCAGGUGGGGGAUGGGUGGGAAGGUGGGAUUGAAGGAAGAGUGGCCGGAGAAUGGCAUGGCAUCCAUCUGUGUGUGUCUGUCUCUCGUGUGCGUGUCUGUGUGAUUUGUGCAGAUGCAUUCGUGGCUGCACCCUUCAAUGACCCUCUCGAAGCUCAGGUAGAGUUUGCUGCGCUAGAAUGACUGACAUCAGCGCCACACGUGCGGCCAAUGUGUGUGUGUGUGUGUGUGUGUAUGUGCAGGAACCUGAAGGCCGAUCUGUUCGGCCUGAUCGACCAGCUGCCCGAGCUCGACGCCGCCACGGUGGCGUGCGCAUGGGCCUACUUCGAGAGGCUGGUGAUCAAGGGCGCGGUGGUCAAGACGAACCGGAAGCUGUUCGGCGCGGCCACCCUGCUGCUGAGCGUCAAGUUCAACCAGCCCCACCUGACGAUCAACCAGGGCACCAUGGCCACCCAGUCAAUCCUGCCAAGGCUCGGACACGCCAUACAGGUCGGUAGGCAGAUCAUGCACUGCAGAAGCACAGGCACUACACGGGAGUUUUCUCUCUCUCUCUCUCUGUGUGUGUGUUCUCUGUAUGUGUGUGUGUGUGUAGGGAUUGGACAAGAAGGAGAAUUUGGGUAUGGUUGAGGUGCGUGCGGCGGAGUUCGAGGCCUUCACCUUGCUGGACUUCUCCCUGCAGCUGUCAUACUGGCAGGUGUCGCCACACAUACAGUACUUCCUCGACAGCAAGGUCAGCCAGCCGACCACACCACACCACACUCACACCGACCUUGCGCACCUGCACACCCAAUCAUCCUCUCUCUCUCUGUGUGUGUGUGUCCUAUACCAUACGCAGGAUCUGACCUUCGAGGAGUACUACGGCAUGUCCGAGGAGCAGCUGCUGGCCGCUCUGGACGCACCCACAGUCGCCCCCUCCCUCCCGGCCGCACUCACCGCCGUCAGUGUGGCCACGGUGACGCAGCAGCUCCCCCAGAGCUCGCCAGAGAUAGUAGGUGCUGUGCCAAGUGUGGUGUCCGGCCUGUCGCCAUCGCUGCGAUUUCACCAUCACGGGCUGCCCGGCAUACCUGUGGGGUGUCUGACGUCGCCACAAUUGCCGCUGCACACUGGUGUGGGUGUUGGUGUGGGUGUUGGUGGUGCUGGUGGGGGUGCGGUGACUGCCAGGCGGUCGACGUGAGAUAGAUGUGUAGGUGGUGGAUGGAUGGAUGGGCGGGCGGACGUGACACCUGUG